UCAACGCUGAAGACACUAUACUUGACAGCUACGAUACUUCCGACCCUUGUAACGAAAAAUGUAUCACGAAGUCACAAGUAGAUAAAAGCGGCCAAGCAACAAACAUUUGCACUCGUGUUCGUAGUUUAUUUGAAAAGCUACCUGCAAAUAUAAUUAACACACAAAAGAAGUCUUGA